UUUUUCCCGAGCUUUCCAAAAUCAAAGGAGUGGAGAGAAGCUGGAAUAAGAGUGGUCCGAAUUGGUCUGAACUGAAGCCAUGGCGACCAGCCUCGCGCGAAGAACAAUAGCGUCUUCGUCGUCGUCGUCGCUGAUUCUGAGAUCAACGGUGUACGAUUCAUCUCCAACGGUGAUCAGCGUCGUCCAUGGUGGGUCCCAACCAAGACGGCAAUCAUCAUCAUCGUCAUCGUCGUCUAGUAAAUCUGACAAGGCGGAGAAGAAGAAGCCAGUGCUAGAGCGUCUAUCGUCGGUUAUAGACGCCGUCAACGACAGUAAACUCCCUCCUGAGCUUCGUGGUCAGCGCAACAACAUCAGGUCAGAAACAGAUAUAAUCAAUGUGGUUGAGCAAAGAAUAUGGCAUUCAAUGGAAGAAGGGCAGUUUGAGAAUUUACCAGGAAAAGGGAAGCCCCUCAACGUAACUAGAAACCCUCAUGCAGACCCAGCUGAGGACACUCUGUACAGAAUUCUAUCCAAAAAUGGCUGUGCACCGCGGUGGGUCGAGCUCAACAAGGAGAUAAGGAGCCAGGUGUCUGAGUGGAGGCUGGCUCUGAAGAAGGCUUGGGCAAAUAAAAAUGAUCACUCAAAAUGGGUUGAAACUUCUGAGGCUUUGAAGUUGCAGGUCAAGCACAUCAACAAUAAGGUUUUCCAGUAUAAUCUCAUGGUUCCUUUUGGUCGACAAAUGUUAGGGCUCAAGUGGGAGAAGGAGCUGGAUCGCUUGGAGUUGGAGGAAUAGCAUUGUUUUCUUCCACUUGUUUGGUUUGGGUUGAGUUACUGCGAUUAUAUUGUACAAGAUUAAAGUUUUUAUGUGCGUAGUAGUUGUUUUGAUGGUAUGGAUUCA